UGCUCCAAUAAAAAUCUACUCGGGAAAAAUUCGAUUUUCUUAUCGUUUUAUAAGAGUAAAAAAAAUUAUUCUGAUAUAAAUAUUUUUGGCACAAAUAAAUUAACAACACAAUGAGUGAUGACUAUUUAAAUAAACCACUAUCUUUGGACACGGGUUCAUCUUCUUCCACAGGCAAUGAAAGCCGUGCCCGAACGACCAGUCCUGCCUUCGCAUCACCUUAUCUUAACUAUGAUCCAAGAUUUAUGCAGCAGUCUCAGCCGGAGUUUAUAUUUCCCGAAGGUGCUAAUAAACAACGCGGUCGUUUCGAGUUAGCUUUUUCUCAAAUUGGAUCUUCGGUGAUAAUUGGAGCAGGAAUUGGUGGAGUAGCAGGGUUCUAUAAUGGUAUGAGAACAACAGCAGCAUUACAACAGACAGGAAAAUUGAGAAGAACACAGCUCCUUAAUCAUGUAAUGAAACAAGGAUCUGCAACAGCAAACACCCUUGGUACUUUAGCUGUGAUGUACUCCGCAUUCGGGGUACUAUUACAAUUUGCCCGAGGAGAGGAUGAUGAUUUAAAUACAGUUCUUGCAGGUACAGCAACUGGAUUUCUGUACAAAUCUUCAGCUGGUCUAAGGAAAUGCGCAGUGGGUGGUGGUGUUGGUCUUGGUAUCUCUGCUCUAUAUGUCCUAUUUCAAAUGUCGCGAGAUGGAUCAAAUAUUAAAUCAUUAAUAUGAACAGAUUUGCGACUGUGCAAAGUGAAAUAUUGAGUUAGAGUUAGUUGGUAAAAUAUUAGCUUCGGACAACAAAUAAAAUUGUUAUACACAAAAACCAAA